GGCAGAGAGAGAUAGAGAGCUGCGUCUGCACAGAACUGCGGGAGUCCCAGUCUGCCACUACUCACUAGGUAGUGAGGAGAAAGUGGAGGUGGGGGGUGGGGGGGGAGGUUUGUUUUAUUUUUAAGUUGGAAGGGGAGAUGAAAAAUACAAAAGGCAAGAUUAAAGUCACCCUGAUCAUCCUGCUAGUUCUGCUGUCUGUGUUUCUAAUCUGUCUGAGCGCUUUGUUGAUCAGGACCUACAUGUUCAGCGCAGCCGGCAACCAGGACCGCAGCUCCUUUGACUCAGCUUUUGCAGCAAACUUCAGCAAGACCGAGAGGACACGACUUCUGGACAAUCUGAAAGGGGCACUUCGCAUCCCCACUGUGAACCGCGGCGCCACCGACUUUGACAGCUCCUCCCUGGAAGAGUUUGGAAACUUUCUGCCUGAAGUAUUUCCGACCGUGUUCUCCUCGAACCUUGUACAACAUGAGAUUAUCGCUAACUACAGUCACUUGUUUACUGUCCGUGGAUCAAAUGACAGUCUCCAGCCGUACAUGCUGAUUGCCCACCUGGAUGUGGUCCCUGCCUUGGAAGAAGAGUGGGACGUUCCACCAUUUUCUGCAGAGGAAAAGGAUGGCUAUCUUUAUGGACGCGGAUCUAUGGAUGACAAGGCAUCUCUUAUGGGAAUCCUCCAAGCUCUGGAAUUCUUACUGAAACGAGGCUACAAACCCUGUCGAUCGUUCUACAUUGGAGUUGGACAUGAUGAAGAGGUUGGGGGAAACAAUGGAGCUAGAAACAUAGCAACAGUUCUACAGUCCAGAGGAAUAAAACUCUCCUUUCUUCUGGAUGAAGGCUCGUUUAUACUCAGUGGAAUCGUACCAGGGCUGAACAAAAAUGCUGCAAUUAUAGCUACCUCUGAAAAGGGAUUUGCUACCAUUAGUUUGAGUGUGAGUGUGGACACUGGCCAUUCCUCAAUGCCACCAAAGGAGACCAGCAUUGGAAUCUUGGCAGCUGCAGUGUCCAAACUGGAAAAGAACCCAAUGCCCAGAAUGUUUGGACAAGGACCAGAACGUGGAUUAUUUGAACACCUGAGUCCUCAGCUACGCUUCCCUCUGAACAUGGUCAUGGCCAACCUGUGGCUGUUUUCUCCAAUUGUUAGCAGAAUGAUGGAGAAGAAACCAAGUACAAACAGUCUGGUUCGUACGACCACUGCAGUUACAGAGUUUUAUGCUGGGAUUAAGGCGAAUGUGAUCGCUCCUUUCGCGAGGGCGACCGUGAAUUUCCGGCUCCACCCAGUCCACACUCUGGAUGAGCUUCUCCAGCAAAUUCAGCAGACUAUUUCUGAUGACCGAGUGAAAAUUGAAGUUCUACAGCACUAUCCCUCGCUCCCCAUGAGUUCUUAUGAUGAUACUUCAUUCGGCUAUCAGGUUAUCAAAGGAACCAUUGGAAACAUUUUUCCUGAAGUAGCCAUUGCUCCAGGUCUAUGCAUUGCAAGUACAGAUACCAGACACUACCUGAAACUGACCAAGCAACUCUACAGAUUUAUUCCAAUGAUAUUGAAACAAGAAGAUCUAACUCGGAUACACGGUGUGAAUGAAAGAAUAUCUAUAAAGAACUACGAAGAAAUUGUGGAAUUCUAUUUCCGACUACUACAGAACUCUGAUCUAAGCAGUCUGCCGCCUUCUCACAUUUCCUCUUGUGACUUGUAGAAGGUUCCUGGAUUGACACGGACUUCUUUCUCUGAGAUCUUCCAACUUAACUUAUGUUGCAAGUAAUCCCAGAAUGUUCCAUACAAAGUCCAACUAAAAUUCAACCGCAUGUAUUUCUCUCUCAAAACCUUGUAGGAGAUUGGGACGGUACGUCUUCCUUUGUAGACGUUUAUGGGUUGGGGUAAUUAGUAUAACUAGUGUAAGGAAUAAGAAUCAUGAAACAUCAGCGUCUCAAUGUGUAAAACAGGGUUUAUCUCUGGCUUAAGUUGAGUUGGUUUACUGUGCUUAGACUUGGAAAAGUAGGGGGAAGUGUGGUGAAGGUGGGUGGCGGGGAUUCGAAAGAGGGGGGAAGAAAAUCAGCUAGGAUUACCGAAUUCCUGGUACAAUACAGCAGCCCUGAGUUGGAAGUGUUAUAUGUGAUGGGUGCUGGAAAGUUACACAUUUAGAUUUGACAGUUAAUGUGAAUGAUAAAAAGGAAGCAUAUGGACUGGAGAAAUAUUGCCUCUUGUGGAGCCGUGCUGCAACAGCAACUACAGUGAUGAUCCAUGAAACACAGCAACAAAUAAAAAGACCAUUGCAAAUACCUACAAAUUACAACUGCAUUGGAUCAGCAUGGUCACAUGAAUACAUCAAAAUGAAUAUAUAUGCAUACUAUCCAAUGCAAAAGAAAAUGUUCCCUCUAGAUUUAUAUGCUUGGCAAGUAAUAUUAUCCAACACCUUUUCUCAGGUGUUGCAGUUUGUGGAAUUAUAUUUAAUGAAAGAAUUUUAAUGGUAUUUUCACAGUAGUAUUUAUAUAACUUUUCAGGGUAGUCAAAAUGAAGGUCUAUAUUUAAAAGUCAUUUAUACACAAAAUAUAAGCUGCAGAUUGAGGCCCUUUGGGUCAGGAAAGUUCUUCAAUGCCUUUCUUGUGAGUUCACAACACUACAUUUUAUUUGUGCCAGAUCAGUAUUAAAUUUAUUGAAUUAAUAAAGAGAUAUUUGAAACCUGA